GAUGAGAUUAAAAAUCAUCCCUGCUUGAGUGGAUUUACGAGACACUUCGUAGACCAAAAUUAUUAUUUCCAUCCGCAGUGCGAUAAGUAUAGUGGUGAAAUUACUGCAGAUGCUAAAUGUUAGAUUAUGUGUUUAUAUCAUCAUAUUUUUACAGAUGAUGGAUCGAUUAUUAGAAAAAGUCUUGUUGGAGGACAAGAGGUUCUCGUCGAAGAACAAGCCGAGCAGGAAGAAGCCGAGCAGGAAGAAGCCGAUCAGCUAAUGGUGGUGGAUACAAACAUCGAGAGUGACUGUUCGAACAGCAAUGAUUGUCCGAUGAACCUAGAGAGGAAAAUACGCAAUGAGGAAAUUCUUAUAGAGGAAGUACGGAAACGACCACCUCUUUGGAACUUUAAAUUGCACAUUUCCGAAAGGGGCGCCCGUACUAAGGAGAAGCUGUGGGAAGAGAUUGCUGUUAACAUGAAAGGAGAAAUGACUGUAGGUCAGAUCAAAAAGAAGUGGAAGUCAUUGUCUGAUAUGUUCAGGAGACAACGCAAAAUUCACAAUCAGCCUAGUGGUUCUAUGGCUAUCAAAAAAGUAAAAUGGCUUCACUACGAAAAGCUUAGUUUUCUACACGACAUGCAACUUGAAAACGUGUAUGUGUAAAUGCACUCUCAUACGUUUUAUAUAAAUGUAGUUUGUACAGUGGUUAAAAUGUUAUUAGUUUAACCUCUUUCUCUUUUAGGAGGAUAUC